AUGUUCACCCGGAUGUUAAAGCUGAGACUUCUCAAUGCCGUCGCGCCUGCAUACUUCUUCAUGGCCACAGCAGUCACCUUCAUUCUGCACUUUGGCUUCUUCAUCCCAACCAUCUUCCCGAACCCAGACACGUCGCUGAGGGGCUCCACGACGCUUCACACCGCCGUGUUCCUCUUCUUGAUGUUCAACGCUUUGGGGAAUUACAUAAUGACUAUUAAAUAUCCCGCUGAAAGUGCCAACGAGACGGCGGUCCCGGUGUGCUCGCCGCACUGCUCGGACAAAGUGGACGCGCACUACCUCCUAAACGGCCGUCACUUCUGCAAACUGUGCAAGAAAGUCAUUCUCAAGAGGGAUCACCACUGUUUCUUCACUGGGAACUGCAUCGGCAACAAGAACAUGCGCUACUUCAUCAUGUUCUGCAUCUACACGUCCUGCACCUGUUUGUACUCUCUGGUUCUCGGUGUGGCCUUCCUGACGGUGGAGUACUCCAUCUCCUUCGAGAACCCGCUGACCUUCUUGACCCUGCUCCCUCUCUCCACCGCUUACUUCUUCAUGGGAACCAUCUCAGGCUUGCAGCUGUUCCUGGUGCUGAUGCUGUACGUGUGGCUGGGCAUCGGUCUGGUCUGCGCAGGUUUCUGCUGCCAGCAGGUGCUGCUGGUGGGCAGAGGACAGACCUGGUGUCAGCUGCAGAGGGGGCAGCUUCAGGACAACCACAGCCCAUGGAGAGAAAACCUAAAGGAUGUUUUCGGUACCCGCUGGAUCCUUGGCCUUAUCCUGCCUGUGCAGACAGUGGAGACGUGCUCUGAUGACACAGAGGCACUUAAACAGGACUGA